AUGACUGUCGCUACCGCCUUUGCAGAGACCACAAAAUAUACGCUCUCCCAACCGGAGAUGCGCAUCAGGGUGCUGAACCUGUACAGAAGAUACCUCAGACAUUCGAGGGACUUCGUGAACAGUUACGAUUUGGACAUACCAGCUUCACAGGUGAAGACCAAGAUAAGACAGGAGUUCGAGAGACAGAGAUUUGUGAAGGAUUUGCCCGUGCAAAACGUGCUAUUCAUGAAGGCCCAAAUGGAAUUCCAAGAGCUGGUCAACUUCUGGAAGCAACAGUGCCAUGUUAUGCAGUACUUCGAGAACCCUCACACCUACUAUGAUAAGACCAAGAAUGAUACCUUUGUGGACAAGUUCUUGAAGGGUUCUGAUUAG